AAACGUGCUUUUGCCAUGUCAGAGAAGUCGAAUCGCGGACAGACUCAUGUCCGUUCGGAAUCCCAGGCAGCUGCCCAGCUUAAUGCCUCCGGCAGGCGAAGUUCCACACCGUCCGGAGCGAAUGGCUCCUCCAAUCGCUGCCUGAUUGCCGUGAUUGUCUACCUGGCUCUGCUGCUAGAUAACAUGCUGCUAACCGUAAUUGUGCCCAUUCUGCCGGAUUACUUGGCUAGCCUGGAGGUGGAUAAGACUUCCACGAUGUUUUUGAGUCUAGAGGAUACAUCACCAUCUUCGAAGCUGGCAUAUCGAUCAGGGGAAUCAUCGGGCGGUAGUCAUCCACAGCUAUACAUCUCUAAGCAUCCCAUUCCUGGCAAAUCGAUGGUUAAUUUCACCCUGUACCAGCUGUCUACUGAAGCCACCACCACGACAAGCACCACGUCGACUAGAUUCACACCCAAUUCCACGUCCACACAAUCGCCUGUAAAGCUAACGGAUGGCCAGUCGACUGGCACUAAUGUCACUGGAAUUGGGAAUGGGCAUAGGAACAGGAACAGGAAGCUGGCCCCUGGCAAUCCACCCACCCACCACACCAGCAACAAGGAACUGACCUUGACGCAGGAGAACGGCUCCAUUGGCCUGCUGCUGGCCAUGAAGGCCCUCGUCCAAUUAAUUUUCAAUCCGAUUGUCGGCAACGCAUCCAGCAAGUUUGGCUACCGCCUUCCCAUUGUAGUGGGCACCUUCUUCCUGCUCUUGUCCUCGCUGGUGUUCACGAUUGGUGAAUCCUAUUGGGCACUUUUAAUUGCCCGUGCGGUGCAGGGCGUGGGAUCCGCUUGCAUUAACAUUUGCGGGAUGAGUCUGGUGGCCCAGCAUUAUCCAGAGGAGGCACGUCGCUCCAAGGUGAUGGGCAUCAUCCUGGGCAGUAUUGCAUUGGGUGUGCUACUAGGAUAUCCCUUUGGUGGCAUUCUAUAUGAUCUGAUGGGGAAAUCGGCACCGUUCAUUAUACUCUCAACGCUAAUGUUUCUCAGUUUGGGUCUUCAGUUGCUGACCAUGGAUCUGUCGGUGCAGCCGGAGGUGGUGGUAGAGGAAACUCCCAAAUGGCGACCUUUGCUUGAAUGCAAAAUGAUUUUGGCCAUUGUGUUGGCCAUUUGGUUUUCCACCUCCACAAUGGCCAUGCUAGAGCCAUGUCUGCCCAUCUGGUUAAUCCAGUACUUGAAGCCAAAUAAAUGGCAGCUGGGCACCGUUUUUAUUCCAGACUCUGUGGGCUACUUUGUGGGCACCAACUUCUUCGGCAGCAUUGCCUAUAAAUACGGUCAGGUUAAGGUUUCCUGCAUCAGCUUGCUGCUCGUGGGAGUGGCCUCCAUUCUGAUUCCCAGUGCCACAACAGUUGCCCAACUGCUGAUGCCCCAUUUCGCCUUGGGUCUGGGCAUAGGAGUAAUAGAUGCUGCAUUGGUUCCACUUUUGGCCACCUUUGUGGAUGCCACACUUUCCCAAGAGGAACACAAUGAGAGCAGCAGUUCCAUGUCCAGCUACGGCACUGUCUACGCCAUUCAGCAGACCUCCGUUAGCCUGGCCUAUUGCUUAGCUCCUUUAAUUGGAGGUGAGUUGGCCCAGACCUUUGGUUUUGCUUGGCUAAUGCGAAUUGUUGGCAUUUUCAAUAUGAUCUAUGGGCCAAUUCUGGUCUACUUGUAUCAGAAAUAUGAUCCAAAGGCUCUGAGGGAGCAGCAUAAUGAUAUGCUACUACAAAGCAGCGGACGUGGAUCUCGAUAUAAACAGCUCUACAACUCCAUGGAUGUGGAAUAACUUGUACUGCCCAGUUGUCCACCCAAAUCUCAAGCAAUCUUGAGUGUCCAAGAUUAGGCGUUCCUUUGGCUCAUUAAAGCAAUAUAUAAACUUCGAGCUGAUUUUUUUCGUAAAACCCUUUAAAAACCCUUUAACUAACCUUAAGAUUCGAAUCUCCUAUAAUUAUCAUUACUUUACAUUGUUUUUCAAUUCGCUUAGGUUAAUAUAAUCAAAUUCUCCGAUUAAAAAGUAUUACGCAAAUAUCAUU